CCAACGAACUUUUUCAAGUUUAUGAAGCGAUACCGUACCGUACUGUAUCGUACUGUAGAGUACGUUGCAUGUAAUUUGCGCAGUCGUACUCGUGCUCUCUCGUGCCAGUUGCCUCAUCACGUAAGAUACGAACCAGCAGUCGACAGCUGACACAGAUAGAAUCAGUUGACAUCAUACAAUCACCAUAGGUCAAGUCCUGACAAAAACAUUGUUUCCUUUCCCUUUUUCACAAGAAGAACUAUCGAAAACCAACUACUUCCUUAGUUCCUUAUUUUGCAACCAUGACAAUUUCCACACGACUUUCGAAUCUCGUUGUUUUUUUUCUCUGUUUGGUCUCGGCUUCGAGGGAGUUCGGAUUCGCUUCGGCUUUCUCGCCCACCGGGCUGCCACAGUCGUCCCUGGUGUCGCCUAAAGCGUCGGUUGCGGGUACAACGACCCGGGUCGGAAUGGGGAUGUUCGAUUUUAUCCAGAACGCCUUCAAAAACGAAGAAUACGACGACCGACUCGCAACCGCCUCCCACAUCCUGGUCGACACCGAGCAAGAGGCACUGGUCAUUAUGAAAGAGAUCGAAGAAGGACAAACAACCUUCUCCGAGGCAGCGAAGACGUACUCCAACUGCCCCUCCUCCUCUAAGGGGGGAUCCCUUGGCCAAUUUGCACCGGGAACUAUGGUCCAGGCGUUUGACGACGUGGUUUUUGAUGAGAACGUUGCUAUCGGUUCCAUCCAGGGACCCGUUUCGACACAGUUCGGGUGCCACUUGAUUGUUGUGGAGGAUCGAACGGUGAAUAAUGUGCGCUCGGAAGGAGAUGGCUUCUUCUAACAGCUAGUGGUCAUUUGUACUGCUAGUAGAUGCAUCUAUUCUACUAGAUCAGAGGGUAGACGACUGGAUGAAUGUUGAAAACAGAAACGUGGAAGUUUUGGCUUAGAUUUAAGAUGUAUCUAGAGUUAUGUCUAUGAAUAUAUUUCAUUCUACGCAAGACCRAGUUMUAAAGGCUCWAAGCUAUUCGUUUUCAUCGUCUGCGGCAUCUAGUAGCAAUAGUAAGCUAGUUCUUCUCCUUGAAACGGUUACYACGGAUCAUCUACUAUUCAAUAGAAUCAUGUAUUAUCC